UUUAAACUGAAAAAGAAGAUGAGGAAAAUCAAGACCAGAAGGUAGCAUGCAGUUCAGUCAAUGCCAGCACCAAGAAGACAAGAAGAAAAGUGGAGACAAAGAGAAGUUGACUUGUUAUUUUUAAGGGCGAUGCUUAUGUAAUAUUUCCGCUUUUAGAAAUGGCUUCUUACACGUCAUACGGCAGGAGAAAAGGGUCACUUACGAGUCUUGACUCUUUUCUUGAGGUUAACAUGAAACCAAGUUCAACUUUAUCCCUGCCUGAUACGUCCAUCUUGAGCCCAUCGAGAUGGGAGCGAGUUCACGACUGGGCGGAAGGCGUAAACAAGGAGCAAGAACGUGUCCUUGAAUCUGCAAGAGAGCAUGAUGCCUUGCACCAGCGGAAAUCAGAGCUAAAGAGAAUUAUGGAAGAAGUUAAUCAAGAGGAAGGGGAGCAGAUUGACUUAGAGGAGGGAAGUUUUCAAGAGCUGCAACGACAGAGGGCAUUAGAGAGGGGGAGAACCUUGCAGUUCUUCGAGACUGACAGGGUGAAGAGAUUUCAUCGUGCCAUGCUGAUGACUGAGGUCCUGAAGGAGAGGGAGGCCCAGAUUGAGCUAAAAAAGGAAAAUCAGACCAAUUCUAAAGAUGUAGAUAAAAAGUACCUGGCCAUGAUGGCACUCAAUGAGUUGCUGGCUUUAGAACAGGAGCAGAAGAAAACCGUGGAGAAGGAGCAAAAGCUUCUGGAGCUCAUUCAGGGAUGGAUCCGACACUUUAAGGAGCAUGAGCAGAUAAGGGAGGAUUGGUUAAUGAGGAAUAAGGAAGAGGAAGAGGAAUCCCAGCGACUCCAUGAGAUCUAUGUUCAAGAACAACUCACGUGCAAGCAAAAGGAGCAGGAGCAGAAGAACAACCUCCUGAGGUCCUAUCAGGAACAAUUUGCCAUCAAGAAAGCUUUCCAAGCAGUUGAGGCUGAGAAGGAAAAGUUGGAAGAAGAAAAACGAAAGCUAUUUAUCGAGACUAAGGGCAGAAUGCAGGAACUCUGGAAGGAAAAAGAGAUUGAGAGGUUUAGAGAGGCUGAGAAAAAAAGGGACAUUGUUGCUGACCUACUGGCAGCUCAUUACACAAAUCAAACCAGCGAUGAGGACGAGCUCAUCUCUCAGCUAACUGCAGAAGCUGAGGACAGGUAUGAGAAAGAACAGCGUGAGAAGGCUGAGAAGAAAGCAGCCAUGUUGAAGAGUAUUGCCGACCACAGAGAAGCUGUGAAACAACAGGGGAAGCUCAAGAAACAAGAGGAGAAAUGGAAAGCUUUUGAGGUGCUUAAUGCAAAGAAAGCAGCAGACCUUGAUUUCCUUAAAAAGCAGCAAAUCAAGGCCCAGAAAAAGAAAGAAGUGGCCAAAGUGGUCCACGACACUCAAGUACAGCAGAUGGCUGAGAGAAAUGCACAGGAACAGUGCAUGAAAACACAGGAGCAAGAAUUUCAUGCAAGGUAUGCAGAGAUUAUUGCAGAGGAAGAAAGGCAGUUUCAGAAUUAUGCCAGGAUGAUGAUUGAGAGAGCCAGAGAAGCUCAGAGAGACACUAUGCUUCUGCACAGGGCUGCAAAGAAGGGUUUUGGAAGAGGACACGGACCUGUGUUUGAUGGUUUUAGACCAAGUUAUAUAGUUCAGGAUCCAACAGGGGCUGAGCUGCCCAGUUAUUGGUGCAAUAGUACUCAGACCAUAAAGGAGCUGAAUGAGGCUACUAACAUUCAGGAUUCUAAAGAACGAAUGGGAUUUUCUGAGGAACUGUGAGUUUAAAAAAAAACAGAACUGUGGCAAACUAAUGUAGGCACUUACCAUAGAGCAGUAGCUAUCCAGCUAUCCAUCUUCCAUGUUGUUGUCCCACCCUGUCCAUUUGCCAUGUACUUUAUGC